AUGUGUUGCGCGCAACAGCCCAGUAACAUAGCGAACAAAAGGAGUUUCGUUGAGGCAUUUCCUCGAGCAGUUUGUGGGCACUUCCAUGGCAGAGCAGAAGAGGUGCAAAUUCCACCACCUCCAAAGCGUUUUUUGGCGAGGAGAGGUGCAGGUGCAUCUCCUUGCACUUUUGUGGGUCCGUCAUUGCACCUUGGUAGUAAAAGGAGAGUAGGUUGGUUGAUAGAGAAUCCAUUUGAAGCUGAGCCUCUAACAUUAAGUAUGGAUGUAAUCAUGAGAUUAUGUGACAAUUGCACUUUGUGA